AUGACCCUUGUGUUUAUCAUUCUUGUUCAUGCAGCCCUCCUGACAGGCACCCAUGGAAAUAGGGAGAUAGACCUGGAGGGGCAGAGCCCAGAGCAUGCAUGCACGCUUCCGAUCACCCAUCGGUCCCGGGCAGGAGCGUUUACAUGCUCAGCGUCAACUUGUGAAACCUGUCUCCAGAGCAAUGAAGGAUGCUUUUGGUGCGCAACAACCAACAGUUGUCAAGCACUCAGUGAGGGCGCCGUUCCUGAUUCAUGUCCUCAUGCGGAGUGGCACGAUAUGAUCUAUGACGCUCGCAGCUGCUGUGCCCCUUAUGGCAGUAGCUAUGCCACCUGUCUGGGAGAUGUCCGUGUGUCCUAUUGUGCGUGGUGUCCCAUCACUACCCAAGGGGGAUCUGCCUGUAUUUACAAGUUCACAAAGGAGCUCUCCUCUCGAUUUUGCAAGGCGCAGCCAGACGAGCUGAUCGAGUGCUCUGCGCUUUCUUCCUGUCGCGACUGCUCUGCAAGCUCCAUGUGUGGUUGGUGCGACCUAUCUUCUACCUGUGUCACUAUCAACACGCUCUACUCCAUGGUCAACGACUCAUACGUAUGCACCGAGGUCACUACAAACUGUUGUGGCGACUAUACCACGUGCGAAGAGUGCUCAAGUCAGUCUGGCCCAUUUACCAAGCAGGCCUGUUUGUGGUGUCCAGACGAUGGUAAAUGCAAGAACUACGAUGCAGCGAUCUCCUCCUGUUCAAGCACCAACAGGAUGGGGACAGGGUUCUGCACGGACAGUUGCUACGUUUCUAGUUCGUCCUGCCACGCGUGCAUGCGGGCAGGAGGAUGCAUCUGGAUAGAUUCGUACAGCUACACGAGCGCAGGCAGUCCCGUUGCCCCUGGAGACCUUAAGCCUUUCUGCAUAAAAGGAGGCAUCAGCGGCCCAGCCAACCGCGCCUUCUUUUAUAACAGUUCGAGCCCAGGCAACUAUGCGUUUUCGCCCCACUCAUUCUACUACUUUAGCUGCACGUUGACGGCAUCUGGGCUAAUCAACACAAUGAUCGGGGUUGCCGUUUUCGUUGUCUUGGCCAUUAUUGCGGUCUUGGUGGCGAUUACAUGCAUCAAGCGUUGCAAAUAUAUGGUCCUCCUUCGCGAGGCUCUUGCACAGAACAACGAGGUCCUCGUGGACAGCGAUGAAGAGAGUGAUGACGCACCUGCUGUGCUUAUGGGCGAUGUGCAGGCAGUCCCGUGGGAGUAG